AUGGCACCUGCAGAGAUGGGUGAGUUGAAGGAGCAAUUGCAGGAUUUUUUAGAAAAGAGGUUAUAUCAGACCAAGCGCAUCACCAUGGGGAGCGCCAGUGUUAUUUGUGAGGAUAUUUCCAAGACUGCAUUUAGAACAAGGUAUGGACAUUAUGAGUUCACAGUAAUGCCAUUUGGAUUAACGAAUGCUCCAGCAAUUUUUAUGGACUUGAUGAAUAGGGUGUUUCAUCCAUUUGUGGACAAGUUUAUGGUAGUGUUCAUAGAUGAUAUACUGGUGUACUUGAAGAGAAAAGAGGAACAUAUAGAACAUUUAAAGGAAGUUCUGGAAACACUAAGGGAAAACAAGCUUUAUGCAAAGUUCUCUAAGUGUGAGUUUUGGUUAGAGAAAGUGGCAUUUUUGGGACAUUUUGUGUCCAAAGAGGGAGUAGAAGUAGAUCCAGCAAAGAUUGAGGCGAUGAAGGGUUGGCCUACGCCAAAACCAGUGUCUGACGUUAGGAGUUUCUUAGGUUUAGCAGGGUAUUAUAGACGUUUUGUGAAAGAUUUCUCGAAGAUUGCUAAACCUAUGACCUCUCUAAUGAAAAAGGACAAAAAGUUUGAAUGGGAUGAUAAGUGUGAGGAAGCAUUCCAACUCAUGAAACAAAAGCUAAUCACAGCGCCAGUCCUUACACUACCAGAUGUAUAUAGUGACGCAUCCAAGAAUGGUUUGGGUUGUUGCUUUUGCAAAAUGGGAAGGUGA